CGAGCUACGGGUUUUUUUUCAGAUAUAAAAAGUGGAAUUUUAGACUUCCUUCUUUGCAAUCUUUGAGGAUCAAGGUUGAUGAUCAAAAUUGACAAUUUAAACGCGAGUUUUAAGCUUAUUAGACGCGUUUCAUCACUGUAUAUAAGUAAUAAAUCAAGUAUUAUCUUGUUCGCGAAAUAUAAUCGUGACGUGAAAUAUUCGCAAUAUUUCGUACAGCGAUUUCCUUCCUCGUCUUAGUUGAACAUUUUGCGGCCAAGUUAAAAACCGCACAUUCUCCAGCCGCUAUAAAUAAAGGAGGAAAAAAGUUCAUACACUCAUAUUAUAUCUAACGACGUGUCGUGUCAGUACGAGCGAUUUUGGUUUAUCGUGCUCCGUGUAUCAAAAGCAAAUCAUGAAAUCUCUCAUGAUAAUUUGUGCUUUAACAAUUACUUGGAUUCACAUCACUGAGGCUAUGUGGUAUAAAAACGAUGAUCUACGUACUCACGACGGAGAAGUGAUAGGAUGCGCAGGAAGACGCAUGCAACUGAAUUACCAGAUGAAAGAGGUGAUAUGUGUACCGAGACGUACCUUGGUGAAAUUAAUACCACAACCAGGCUACAUCUUUUAUCCAAAUUACGCUCCCGUAAAAAGAUGCAGCGGGUUUUGUCCCCACAAUAAAUUAUGCAUGCCGGUUCAAACAGAUGUCAAAAGGAUCGUCGUAAGAAUGGAUGGCUAUAACUCGAGCGAAUGUUAUCACGUAUUAGUCGAAGAGCACGUCAAGUGCAAAUGUCAAUGCAGCGUAAAGCAGAGUCAUUGCAACACUCACCAGGUAUAUUCGGAGAAUAAUUGCGCGUGCGAAUGUAAGAACAGAAGGAAGUGCAACGAAGAACGCCAAAUGGUUUGGAACGAAAACUUGUGCAAAUGCAUUUGCAACAAAGAAGAAAUCUGCUCGAGCGGACUCGAAUGGGUCCCUUCUCUUUGCAGGUGCGCCAAGAUUAUGGAUUUAGUACCGUACAUCGAUAUCAGGAAAUGAUGCAAAAACGAUAAUCCACAGAGGAAUUAAAAUCUAUCUCAUUUUAAAAUAUUAUAAUUAUUCAAUGGUGACUUAAAAAACGAAUAAUAAUAGUAAAUAAAUCUUCUUACAUGAGACAUUUUAUACUUUAAUUUAUUCGUCUAUAAAGUCAUACGUGAAUUUUUUUGCUAAAUGCAUUAGAAUCGUGCGCUGGUGUAAAAUAACAUUAAAAAAUUGAGCAAUAACAUAAAAUUAAAAAUUCAUGCAAUUGUUAUAAAUAAAAUAACGCUUCUAAUUUAAUA